UCAUACAUAGACCAUGCUUCAUUUCUUAACUGUCAAACCCGAAUCUCAAUUUGUAUGUCCAUCCAUCUCUUAUUUUUAUUCCUUGUUCCUUGUGAAAUAAAAAUUUGUUCGUUUUCUAUCCGACAUAUCGAAUUUUACAAAGUUUAACGAAGAAAUACAGGAACCAAUGACGUUUGGGAGAAUCGCCAACUUUAAUUGGAUUAAUUGUAUUGAAAGUAAUGGGACUAACAUAAUUCGUACUAUGACAGAAAAUAGAAAAAGAUCUCGCGAGGACGACUCGUGUGAAUUUAUGCCAUUGUCAAAGAGGAUAAACAAUUUGCAUAUCAAUAACAACUUGAAUACGGUUGUUCCUCAAGCACAGGAUGCUAGUCAUAGUCAAAUUAAUGGAAUAAAUACGGAAAAUGGAAUCUCAUCACCAAGCUCUUCAUCAGGCUCGGAACGAAGACCGAGCUAUGACCCUGGAAUGAACUCCACUCAAAGUAGUUAUUAUUAUGACAAUAAGCUUUUAUUCGAAUUACAUUUAGAGAGAAUACAAAGAUGUGGCCAACAAUUUCCAUAUUAGUUAUAGAUUUAGUGGUAUUGGUACCUGAUUAAGUUUUGUGUAUGAUGUGUAUUGUUUGUUACUUCUAGUAUUAAUUAGUACCUAUUUAGUAAUUAAAUUGUAAUUAUUGUAACUUUUUUCAAUUAAAAUUGUUGAAGCAUG